AAUCAUAGAGAAUCUCUCCAAACACUGCACCAUUUUUUAAUAUUUUUUUCAACGCUCACCCAAUUUCUUUUUAUUCAUUUAUUUUCUUGUUUUGUUCAGAGUUGAUCCAUGCUCGUGGGACUUCGCAUUAAGACCUCUAACUUCUGCCCAUAUCGUGAAGCCCCCACUUGGGUUGUGAUCAUUUCUCUAUAUAACUUCUUCUGUAACGUAGAAUAUUUUUGGGAAUAUUUUUUUUUCCAAUAAUGACAAAGCCUCAAAUAGCUGGAGAUGAAAAUGGUAAUGUUGGUGAUGAGGAGGUUCGCUCUCAGUGGGCUGCUAUUGAGAGAUUACCAACGUUUGAAAGGAUCACUACUGCUCUGUUCUGGAGCAGAGAUAAACAAGGAAGGAGAAACGAGAGACGAGUCAUGGAUGUUUCUAAACUUGAAGAUCUUGAUAGACAUCUCUUUAUUGAUGAGCUCAUUAGACAUGUUGAGGAUGAUAACCUCAGGUUAUUGCAGAAAAUCAAAAACAGAAUCGAUGAGGUUAGUCUUGAGUUACCGACGAUUGAAGUGAGGUUCAGUGAUCUUUUUGUGGAAGCAGAGUGUGAGGUAGUUUAUGGAAAGCCAAUCCCAACUCUUUGGAAUGCUAUUGCAAGCAGAAUAUCUAGAGUCAUGUGUUUAAAGAAAGAAAAAAACAUAAGCAUCUUGAAUGGCGUCAGUGGUAUCGUAAGGCCUAAGAGAAUGACUUUGUUGCUUGGUCCUCCUAGUUGUGGUAAAACCACUCUGCUACUCGCACUAGCUGGAAGACUCGACCAUUCUUUGAAGACUACAGGAAACGUUAGUUACAACGGUCACUUAUUAUCAGAGUUUGUUCCUGAAAAAACAUCAAAUUAUGUAAGUCAAAAUGAUCUACACAUUCCAGAUAUUACUGUGAGAGAGACACUCGAUUUUUCAGGAUGUUUUCAAGGCACAGGAAACCGUUUAGAAACUAUGAAAGAGAUUAGUAGAAGGGAGAAACUCAAAGGAAUAGUUCCGGAUCCUGAUAUAGAUGCAUACAUGAAGGCAGCUUCUAUUGAAGGUUCAAAAACUAAUCUGCAAACUGAUUAUAUCCUAAAGAUCCUAGGACUCAGUCUCUGUGCAGAUACACGCGUUGGAGAUACUUCAAGACCAGGAAUAUCUGGUGGUCAAAAGAGAAGAUUAACUACAGGUGAGACAAUCGUAGGUCCAAUCAAAACUCUGUUCAUGGAUGAAAUAUCCAAUGGUUUGGACAGCUCAACAACGUUCCAGAUUGUAUCUUGUCUCCGACAUUAUGCACUUCUGUCUGAAGGAACCAUAGUGGUUUCACUGCUUCAGCCUGCACCAGAAACGUUUGAGCUUUUCGACGAUGUGAUUCUUAUGGGAGAAGGAAAGAUAAUCUACAUUGGCCCAAGGGAUUAUAUUUGUAGAUUCUUUGAGGAUUGUGGAUUUAAAUGUCCAACAAGAAAAUCUGUUGCUGAAUUUCUUCAGGAGGUUAUCUCAAGGAAAGAUCAAGAACAGUAUUGGUGUCACAUAGACAAACCAUAUUGUUAUGUCUCCAUUGACUCAUUUAUUGAGAGGUUCAAAAAGUCUGAGCUUGGGUUACAACAACAAGAGGAACUCUCCAAGACACAUGACAAGUCUCAGGCUCAGAAAGAUGCUUUAUGCUCAAGUAAAUACUCACUUAGUAACUGGGAGAUGCUAAAAGCUUGCUCAAGGAGAGAGUUCCUUCUGAUGAAAAGAAACUCUUUUGUUUAUGUAUUCAAGUCUGGACUCUUGAUUUGCAUUGGAUCUAUUACAAUGACCGUUUAUCUAAGGACUGGGUCUAAAAGAGAUCUAGUGCAUGCUAAUUAUCUUAUGGGUUCUUUGUUCUUUUCAAUCUUUAAAAUGCUUGCUGAUGGACUUCCAGAACUAACACUAACAAUCUCAAGGCUUUCAGUGUUUUUUCGCCAGUUCUUGAUCUUCUUUGCUUUACACCUUUCAUGUAUAUCAAUGUUCCGUGCUAUAGCUGCCACAUUUCGAGAUUUCGUUCUUGCCACAACAGUUGGAACAGUCUCUGUAGUGCUUCUCUCAUUAUUUGGAGGAUUCGUCCUUCGGAAACCGUCCAUGCCUGCUUGGCUUCAGUGGGGUUUCUGGUUGUCUCCGUUGUCAUAUGCUGAGAUUGGUCUAACCACAAAUGAAUUUUUCUCGACACGGUGGAGUCAGACAACAUCUGGAAACAGAACGUUAGGGGAAGAAGUUCUUGAUGCUCGAGGUCUGAACUUUGGUGAUCAAUCUUACUGGAGUGUAUUUGGUGCUUUAAUUGGCUUCGCAUUCUUCUUCAAUAUUGUAUUUGUACUGGCUUUGACAUUUCUAAAGACUUCAAAUAGGUCUCGUGCGAUUGUGUCUGGUGAUGAUAACACUCAAAGUUCUGGAAGCCAUAAUAAGUCUAGUUCUAAAAUUGCUUCCCAGUCCAAAAAUGCAUUACCUUUCAAACCCCUAACUUUCACAUUUCAAGACGUCUGUUAUUUCGUCCAAACUCCUCAGGACAAGAAGGUGCAGCUUCUCUCUAACGUUACAGGCGCAUUCAAGCCUGGUGUUCUCACUGCUCUAAUGGGUGUGAGUGGUGCUGGUAAAACGACUCUGAUGGAUGUUCUUUCUGGAAGGAAAACACGCGGUGACAUUGAAGGAGAGAUCCAAGUAGGUGGUUACCGUAAGGUUCAAGAAACAUUUGCAAGGGUUUCAGGUUACUGUGAGCAGUUUGAUAUUCACUCUCCUAAUUUAACCAUAGAGGAGUCCUUGGAAUACUCUGCUUGGCUUCGACUUCCUUCUACCAUCAACUCUGAAACAAAGAGGGCAAUAGUCAGGGAAGUUCUUGAGACGAUAGAGCUGGAGGACAUUAAAGAUUCCCUAGUAGGACUUCCUGGAGUUAGCGGUUUAACAACAGAACAACGCAAGAGACUAACUAUAGCUGUGGAGCUGGUUGCCAAUCCUUCAAUCAUAUUCAUGGAUGAACCAACCACAGGAUUAGAUGCAAGAGCUGCUGCGAUUGUGAUGAGAGCUGUGAAGAACAUCACAGAGACUGGCAGAACUGUUGUUUGCACCAUUCACCAACCGGGAACUGAUAUCUUUGAAGCAUUUGAUGAGCUGGUUUUGAUGAAAAAUGGAGGAAGGAUUAUCUAUCAUGGACCUCUUGGACAACAUUCAAGCAAUGUUAUUGAAUACUUUAUGAGAAUUCCUGGAGUUCCGGAAAUGAAAGAGAACACUAAUCCAGCAACUUGGUUACUAGACAUUACUUCUAGAUCAUCAGAAGACAAACUUGGUGUUGAUUUGGCUCAAAUCUACAAGGAAUCUUCUUUGUUUAAGGAGAACAACAUAGUAAUAUUGCAAAUGAGAGGUACAUCUUCAGAAACACAAGAACUAACCUCCUCGACGCGAUAUGCUCAAACCGGUUGGGAACAGUUCAAGGCAUGCCUAUGGAAACAACAACUCUCUUAUUGGAGAAACCCUUCCUACAAUCUCACUCGCAUCCUCUUCAUGUGUUUUCCCUCUGUGAUCUGUGGCGUUUUGUUCUGGCAAAAGGCUAAGAAAAUAAACACUCAACAAGAUCUUUUCAAUGUAUUGGGCUCAAUGUACACGGUGGUUCUUUUCACUGGAAUGAACAAUUGCUCAACAGUGUUGUUCUGCAUUGCAACCGAAAGAAAUGUCUUCUACCGCGAAAGAUUUGCUCAAAUGUACACCUCAUGGGCGUACUCCCUUGCACAGGUGUUGGUUGAGAUUCCAUACUCAUUAGUCCAGUCUAUAUUAUGUGUGGUAAUCUUGUAUCCUAUGGUUGGCUAUUACUUCUCGGUGUACAAAGUGUUCUGGAGCUUCUAUGCAGUCUUCUGCACGUUGCUCAUUUACAACUACUUUGGCAUGCUUUUAGUCGUCAUCACCCCAAACAUUCACGUUGCUUUUACUCUCCGUUCGGGUUUCUACUCAAUGGUCAAUCUCUUCGCCGGUUAUGUCAUUCCAAAACCUAGCAUUCCGAAAUGGUGGAUAUGGAUGUAUUACUUGAGCCCUACGUCAUGGGUUUUGAAUGGAUUGCUCACAUCUCAGUAUGGUGAUAUGGAGAAAGAGGUAAUAGCAUUUGGAGAGAAGAAGAAGGUUUCAGAUUUCGUGGAAGAUUAUUUUGGUUUCAGAUAUGAUUCUUUGGCUCUUGUAGCUAUCGUUCUCAUUGCCUUCCCCAUUCUCUUGGCUUCUCUUUUCGCAUUCUUCAUCGGUAAACUCAAUUUCCAAAAGAAGUGAUUUACUCUAAAUGUUUCGUUGGUAGGUUUAGUAAUGUUUUGGAAUUUAGAAAAUAAAUUAGUUAAAGCUUUCUAAAUCUGUCAUAGUUGUGCCUUAAAAAAAACAACGGCUCAGUAUGUAAACAUUCAAAGAGA